AUGUCCGAUGCGCACACCCCGGGCGCCGGCGCCGGCGCCGGCACCGGCGGCUGGCACGCCCUGCUGCUGAGCACCCUGCCCCGGCUGGAGUUCGACCCCCAGACCGGCGAGUACUCCGAUCCCCACUUUGAUGUGGAGCAAUUCCACACCCUCACCUCGGGCAAGGUGGCCGUCAUGGCCGUCAUCAUCGGCACCCUGGUCAUCAACACCCUGAUCUUGGCGUACAUCCUGUACCACCGCGCGUACAAGCCCUUCCGCGCCAAGCAGCUGGACAUGGUCACCUGGAUGCACAUGGGCGGCUUCUUCCUCAACCUGGCUACCAUGCGUGCUGUUGGCGUUGUUCCCUACCUCGGCGGCUGGAUCUGCUCCCUGACUCUCUGGCUGCUUGUGCCGCUUGGCAACGGGGCCAUGAUGACCGGCUUCUUCUUCCGCAUGUGGAAGCUGUACCUGAUCUUCCACUACAAGCGCUACUCCAAGCGCAUGCUCUGGGGCGGGACUGCCCUCUACUUCCUGCCGAAUGUCAUCCUCGCGGUGGUCUGCACCGCCAAGAAGUCCUACGGCCCGGUCGUCGUGAACGGCACCGAGGGCUGCUUUGACCAUGGGACCCUCUUUGCCAUCAUGCUGAUUGUCAAGCUUCUGGUGGACAUCUUCGUUCUCGGGUUCCUUGCCUUCCACAACCGCAAGGUCAAGCAGAAGUACUUCAAUGAGUACAAGCAGACAUCCAUCCAGAUGGGCUUCUUCUUUUUCAUCCUCAUCAUCUUCCUGGUCAUGCUGGUGCCGCGCCUGUACCGCAAGCCGCUGGGCUAUCUGAUUGCCCUCACGACGCUGGCCCUGUCGCACGUCACCUUCUACGGGACCAUCACCAUCCCCCUGUACAACCACAUCUUCCACCGGGAGCGGUACCUCCAGCGGUUCCUGGAGAGCUUCAAAUUGGACAUCGACAGCGGCGGCGGCCUGCCCAAUGUGGACAGCACCUCCGGCAGCACGCAGAAGCCCAACGCCCGGAGCACCCGGCAGAAUGCCGACAACAUUGAGAUCACCACCAGCACCGAGAAGUCGGGCACCGCGCACUCGGACGUGUGGAAGGGUGGGUCCAUGGACCAGCGCCAGUACUCGCAGCAGGUGAGCAUCGAAAUGAGCGACUUCGAAAGCACCACCGAGUUCACCGACCACCAGGGGGCCAUGGACACCGAGACGUCCUUCAUGGGCGCCGGCAUGGCGGGCGGCCCCCUCGGCACGGGGGACACCAGCAUCCAGGACAAGCUGGACACGAUGGCCUCCUUCGACCGGGCCGAGGCCAUCCCCCACCAGCCCCCGGCCGGAGGGGGGGCCUUCUCGCGGUUCGGCGGCGGCGGCGGCGGCGGCCGGGCGGGGUCCGGCGCGGGCGCCAGCGGCCCGGGCCCCGGGAUGUACCCCGGCAGCCAGCACCCCCCGGAGCCCAUGGGCCCCGGGCUGGCCAACCGUCGGCCGGGCCUGCUCCAGCCGACCGACAGUGAUGCCUCGGCGGAGUCCCUGUCGCACGGGGGCGCCCCGGGCCGCGGGCACUCCAGCGAUUCCCUGCACUGUGGGUCGUCCUUGAGCGGGUCCUUCGGCGGCGGGGCCGGCAGCCCCGGCAGCGGGGAGUACCAGCCCGGCCGGUGCUCGCCCUUCUUCGAGGAGCACCACUCGAACUCGCUGGCCUCGACGACCAUCCUCUCGGCCUCGCCGUCGGCCGGCGUGCUCAACCCCAAUGGCGGCAUGGGGGGCACCGGAGGGGGGGGGGCCCUGUGGCAUAUCUCGGAAUUCACGCCGCCGCCGCCGCACGGCACCAUCGUGCCCGCUUCGCCGGCGGCGGCCGCCGCCGCCGCCGCCGCUGCCGCCGCCUCCGGUGCCAUUGGCGGCCCCAGCUCGGCCUCCUCCGUGCGGUCGGGCAUCGCGCCCGGCGCCAGCCCCCUGUCGGGCUCGGUGUCCUCCCUGGCCGGGGCCGCCGCCGCCGGGCCCAAUGGCGGCGGCGCCGCCUCGCCGGCGGCCAUGUCGCUGGCCGCACGCAGCCCGGGCAGCCAGGGCGCAGGGGCGUACGCCGCGGCGUCCCCGGUGGCGGCCGACUACCCCCAGCAGUCGGCCCAUCACCACCACCACCACCACCACCACCACCAUCUGCACCAGCAGCACCCCCACCAGCCGUAUGCGCCGAAUGGCCGGCCGCUGUCUUAUGUGUCCGUGAGCUCGGUCAGCGGCGGGGGCACCAGCGCCGGGCCGCCCCGGUCGCCGACCCUCCACCUGCCGCCCUCGCUCAUGCCCAACGGGUACUAUGGCGCCGGGUAUGCCGGCCCCCCGGGCGGCCAGGCGCCCGCCCCGGCCGGCGACUCGCUGGUCGCCACGGAGGACUCCACCGGCAGCGGGUUCAUCCCGCCGCUGUCGCCCCUGGCCAUGGCGCCGUCCCCGGGCGGAGGGGCAGGCAGCCUCGCGGCGCACCUUCCCAUGACAUCGUCGCCGCUGGCCACCGCCGGGGCCAUGGUCACGGGGCCGGCCGGCCGGCCGCACCUUUCGCCCCACAGCUGGCACCAGCACCAGCCCCACCACCAGCCCCACCACCACCACCUCUCGGCCGCCAGCCCGAGCACCGGGCCCGUGCGGGACUCCGUCCUCGAUGGCCUGGAGGAGCUCAUGGCAGCCGGCUUCGCCUCGACCAGCGACUGAGCGGCCCAGCGAGAGGGGCCAGUGCACUUGGAACUGGGGGCCGGCGCACCCCAUCGACACACGCGCCGGGGCGGGUCUCGGCAUGAGAGGCGGGGCCGGGGGGCGGGGGCCGAGCGGCUCUCCGGCCAGAGUGGUGCCAG